AUUACGUCAUUUAAUGUAGGGCGGGGGAGUUCAUCCGGGUAGUUGUGAUGACACGAAUUAUGACCCUUUUAGCGUAGCAAACAUGGCGGAGUCCUCCUUUGGGAGCUCGAGCCCAGCAGGAGAUUCAGCUGGCUCUGACGACCAUGAGUUUGAUCCUUCGGUUGAGAUGCUCAUUCAUGAUUACGAUGAUGAACGAACUCUUGAAGAGGAGGAGAUGCUAGAGGGAGAAACAAACUUCAGCACAGAGAUUGAUGACCUUGCUCGAGAGGGAGAAAUGCCCAUUCAAGAGCUGUUGAGUAUAUAUGGCUAUGGUGGUGGUUCUGCUGAGGAGGAAGAGGAUGAGGAUGAUGCUGAGAUUGAGGAGGACGAGGAAGAAGAAGAGGAAUAUGUGGAAAAUGAUGAGAACAGCAGAAGUACCGGAGAAUUGAAAAGGAAUAUGGAUGAGAGAGUGAAGGAUUCCUCUGGGCAGGAAGAUGAGACUCAGUCCUCUAAUGAUGACCAAACUCCAUUUGUCACUUCACAUGAUACUGCUGAGUUGAUCCGCCCACGACGGUGCAAGUACUUUGAAAGUAAUGAUGCUGAAGAGGAAUCUGAGGAGGACGAAGAUUAUAUUCCCUCUGAAGACUGGAAAAAGGAGAUCAUGGUGGGCUCUAUGUAUCAGGCUGAAACGCCUUCAGGGCUGUGCAGAUACAAAGACAAUGAGAAAGUGUAUGAGAAUGAUGAUCAGUUAUUGUGGAACCCAGAAUUGCUUCCUGAAAAUGAAGUGGUGGAGUUUUUGACCGAAGCCUCUAAACGUACUGGUGAGGAAAAGGGAGUAGAUGCCAUUCCAGAGGGUUCCCACAUAAAAGACAAUGAGCAGGCCCUUUAUGAAUUGGUGAAGUGCAAUUUUAAUACUGAUGAAGCUUUAAGAAGACUAAGAUUUAAUGUAAAAGCUGCCAGAGAAGAACUGUCAGUGUGGACAGAGGAGGAAUGUAGAAAUUUUGAACAAGGACUAAAAGCUUAUGGAAAAGAUUUUCAUUUAAUACAAGCAAACAAGGUGAGAACUAGAUCUGUAGGAGAAUGUGUGGCCUUUUAUUACAUGUGGAAGAAAUCUGAGCGUUAUGAUUUCUUUGCACAGCAAACCAGACUUGGGAAAAGGAAAUAUAAUCUUCACCCAGGUGUAACGGAUUAUAUGGACCGGUUGUUGGAUGAGACAGAGAGCGCUGCCUCCAGCCGGGCAGCCUCUCCCCCUCCCACUACCUCUAACAGUAGCACCAGCCACUCUGAGAAAGAUGACAGCAGCAACCAGAAUGGCAUAGCAUGUCACAGCACUGGUGAAUCCCCGUCCGUUGCGGUCGAUGUGAAAUGCGAAGGGGCACAGACGAAUGGACCUGUCCACACCCGGGAGAGCCCGGCUCCGGCUCCGACUCCGACUCCGGCUCCGGACAGAGACACUAACGGCUGCAGCGAGCCUCUGAGUGACGGCAGGAAGGACUCUGACGAGCCAGAACUGUGUGGCAGACAGGAGGACUCGGGCUGCGAAAAGCCCCUGAAGAGGCACAGAGCGGAGAGCGACUCGCAGGGGGAGGCGGACCCCCCCGGCAGCAGCGGCGGCAGGGCUGAGGACGCGUGACCCCGCCCCCUGCGGAGGCCGCAUCACACCGGGGCUGGGAGAAGGGCGGGCUGAUUGUAUGGAGUAUGCGCCCACCGUCCUCCACUUUUAUAUCCCAAAGUCAUGCGUCUUCUAGAACUUGACAAGACGCAUAAUUUCCUUACGAGUGACCUAUCAAAAAUUUUAAGAAAUGUAUUUCCUAUUUGUUUUACAAAUGGUCGGUUCAUAUUUUUGUAAGCGAAAGAUAUUUAUAUUUUUAUGCAAAGUAUGGUAGUAGAUAUUCUUAAGCCAUUUAACAAGGGGUGAGUGUUUGGCGGAACAGCGGUCUCCAUGGCGAGGGGGAUGCUGGAGCUUUACAGGCACACGGUGUUGCACUUUUCUAUUUUUGUUUUGAAUCUGAGCGUAGUACCUCUGCUACAUGUCAUCAAAGCAAAUAAACUGAGAUUCCAGGAAGCCUUACCAAGCACCCUUUGUUCUUAUAGGAAAAAAAUGAGCUGACGGGGGUCCCCAUCGUUCGUUUGUGUGAUGCUGACAUCAGUGAUGUCCUCCUGUAUAUUACUGAUUAUGGGACAGUUAAAGUACAAACUGUAUUUUUCCACAUACUUUGUAGACUUUCUUUCUUUUCUUUUAUAGAAAACUCUUAUUGAGUUUGUGUCUAAAGUUUGUAUAGAUUUCUCAUCUUGUACAGUUCAUAUACUUGAUUACCUGACAAGCGAAUAUAUUCAGAUCUGAGUCUUUUGGCAUUUACUUCCUGCUUACAAGUUCUUUUUCAUGUUGCCCUGCAAAUGGACCUUAAAAUGUGCUGACAAGUUUUAACAUUCCGUGAUGGGUUAAGCAACAUUUUUGUGUUUUUUUUUUUUUCUUUUUUAUGUGUAUGUGCAUUGGACAAAACUAUUUGGCAAUUUAUUUGUGCUUUAUUUGUGGACUGCUAAUGACUCCAUGAAAUGUGUGGACGUGGCUCGGUGCAAUAUCUCCCAUUGAUCCAGAAGUGCUGCAGAGUGCAGGUUCUGUGAGGUGGGAAACUAUUCACUGUGCAAGUUGUUAACAUUGCUGCUGUGUAUCCAGCUCAUGUGUGGUUGUUUAUUGGUCACCACUAGUCACCCAGGCCAGAAGUACCCGACACUCGAGCGCACUAUUGCCUCACAAGGCUUUGUACUCUGAAGACGCUGUUUCAAGAAGUUAGUUUGUUGCUGUCUGGAUGUUUUCAAAAUGGUGUUAAUAUUUUGUAGUGCUUUAACCUGCAUUCACAAAUACUUUGUGUUUAAUAUGCAGUUUGCGUCAAAGCUUUAGUCCCUCAAAUAAUGCUGACUUCUCAUCCUCUUUCUCUCCAGUAAAAGGUUUUUUCCUUUUUCAAAAGCUGAAGUGUCUUUUUUCCAUUUUGAAUGUGAAUUUACAAGUAGGCUCUUGAUCAUUUUAGUAACUGUGAUAAUAUUUAAAUGAAUAAAUAUUAAUAGUAAUAAA